GCUCCGGCCCGCAGCUUGCGAGACCCGCGGAGAUCUGCCGGGGCUGUCUCCUCCCUCCCGGGAUUGAGGUCGGCCUCUCGCUCCGCGGGGGCGCGGGGGGCGGCCUCCGCAUCCCAUUCCUACCCGGGGGGUUUUGGCGGUGGCCACCAUGGCGCGGGGAGACGCCCCGCGGGACAGCUACCACUUAGUCGGGAUCAGCUUCUUCAUCCUGGGACUGGGCACCCUCCUUCCCUGGAACUUCUUCAUCACCGCCAUCCCGUAUUUCCAGGCGCGACUGGCAGGGGUCAACAGCACAGUCGGGACCUUGAGUUCCAACCACACGGGCCCCACAGACGCUUUCAGCUUCAACAACUGGGUGACACUGCUGUCCCAGCUGCCCCUGCUGCUCUUCACUCUCCUCAACUCCUUCCUGUACCAGUGCAUCCCUGAGGCGGUGCGCAUUCUGGGCAGCCUGCUGGCCAUACUACUGCUCUUUGCCCUGACAGCAGCGUUGGUCAAGGUGGACGUGAGCCCUGGGCCCUUCUUUUCCAUCACCAUGGCCUCCGUCUGGUUCAUCAACUCAUUCUGCGCAGUGCUGCAGGGAAGCCUCUUCGGGCAGCUGGGCACCAUGCCAUCUACCUACAGCACUGUCUUCCUCAGCGGCCAGGGCCUGGCUGGGAUCUUUGCUGCUCUUGCCAUGCUCCUGUCUAUGGCCAGUGGUGUGGAUGCCCAGACCUCUGCCCUGGGGUACUUCAUCACACCCUGCGUGGGCAUCCUCAUGUCCAUCGUGUGUUACCUGAGCCUGCCCCACCUGGAGUUUGCCCGCUACCAUCUCACCAAGAAGCCCUCACAGGUGCCAGCUCAGGAACUGGAGACCAAAGCUGAGCUCCUACAGUCUGAUGAGAAGAACGGGAUUCCCAACAGCCCCCAGAAAGCAGCCCUGACUCUGGAUCUUGGCCUUGAGAAGGAGCCAGAGCCUGAGCCAGACGAGCCUCUGAAGCCAGAAAUCCCUUCAGUCUUCAUUGUCUUCCAGAAGAUCUGGCUGACGGCGCUGUGCCUUGUGUUGGUCUUCACAGUCACCCUGUCCGUCUUCCCUGCCAUCACAGCCAUGGUGACCAGCUCCACUGGCCCUGGGAAGUGGAGUCAGUUCUUCAACCCCAUUUGCUGUUUUCUGCUCUUCAACAUCAUGGACUGGCUGGGCCGCAGCCUGACUUCCUACUUCCUCUGGUGUCCAAAGUGCCCCUGGAACAGAGACCUAGCCCGGGGACUACGCUUACCUGAGCCUCUGCCACAGCCAGAUGAGGACAGCCGACUGCUGCCCCUGCUGGUAUGCCUGCGAUUCCUGUUCGUGCCACUCUUCAUGCUGUGCCACGUGCCUGAGCGGGCACGGCUGCCCAUCCUCUUCCGGCAGGAUGCCUACUUCAUCACAUUCAUGCUGCUGUUUGCCAUCUCCAAUGGCUACCUGGUGUCCCUCACCAUGUGCCUGGCACCCAGGCAGGUGCUGCCUCAUGAGAGAGAGGUGGCUGGCGCCCUUAUGACUUUCUUCCUGGCCCUGGGACUCUCCUGUGGAGCCUCCCUCUCCUUCCUCCUCAAGGCGCUGCUCUGAAGGGACCAUCAGAACUCUGGGCAGCCCUCGCCUCAGUGCCCUUCUGGAUCUGAGAUGGAACCAGACCCAAGAGAAAGGAUGAGCUGAACUCAGGCCUCCUCUGAACCUGGGCCCUUCACCUGCAGGUGGCCAGAAUGGGCAGAAGCUGCUCUCUAUCCCCAGCUGGUGACCACUUGUGUUCUGCAAGAAACAAUCCACCACAGGGCAUCCUUCCCCUCACCAGGGAUGAGCUAGGCUGCAGAGGGACAGACUUCAUGGAAGCAGGUGAUCCGGGAAGAUGGCACGGGGCUAGGGCCCUUCCUGCACCUGUUCAUCAAGAAGCCACUUGCUGAGCUUGGGAGCAGAGCUGCCUACCUACAGUUUCUGCCAUGCUGAGGGUGCGGCUGAUAUGGCCUCUACCUCCACUGUGAGAGAGAAGUGGAGCCCGGGCAGGAGCUACACCCACCCAAAGCCCAGCAACCCUGGGUAUCAUUCCCAGCCAGAGCAAAGGAUGCUGAGGAAGUUGGGGAGGGAGUAUUGAAGAUCUGAAGGUGCUUAAAGGACCAGGUUCUGACCCUCAAAACAGUGUUUUCAUGGCUAGCACUCCUGUCCUCACUCGAGCCCAGCUGGGCCUGGCUUCCAGAAUGACAGUCUGCAUGUGCUGACUGCACCUUACAGUUUGCAAAGGAUCCCCACCCUACCUCCCUAAUCCUUACUGAGACCCUUGGAAGAAGUCGAGCAGAGAUUGUGUCUCCCAACUGCACAGGUAGGGAAAGUGAGUCCCAGGAGGAGUGAAUGGUCUGGGGUAGAGCAGAGACACAGGCCCCAUCGCCCACACCCUGCAGGUGCUAUUCCUCCUGCCUGUCACCUGCUUCUUUUCCUUAAGGGGCUUUGGAUGGGAGCCCUAAGCACAUACUCCACCUUGUCACCCCAGUUCUCCCUCUGACCCUGUUCCCAGGUCUAAUUACAGCCCAUUCAUUUGUA